UGGAAAAAAAUCCAUUGAAAGGCCAGCGAUCUCUGCCUGCGGUUCACCUUGAGCUUUCGUUCACCUCCUAGUGGCUUCGUCAAAGUUCUUGGGCCUCACGUUGUACCUACCGGCCACUCUGCGUGGCUAGUCGCUUAACAUUCUUUCUCCCCAACGCAGGACGAUUUUAUCCCACCUUGAAAUGUCUCUUUGGUUUGUGUCAUUCUUUGCCUUUUAUUGUGUCAGUUUAUGUGACGGAUAUCUUCAAAUGCCGCCACCUCUGCCCGGUACCAACACCUACCAACUGCGGAUGCCAGGUGUCGUCCCUGAAAGGGAUGACGAUUACAUUUGCACGGCCUUCAAAUUGGACCCAGAAAAAGAAAUGUACAUUACUCAAUUCCGGGUGGAAGGCACAGCAGAACGAGCUCAUCACAUGAUUCUCAGUGGUUGUGCUGGUGUCUUUACCAGCUCGCCAGACACACCCUCAUGGAAUUGUGGCUCUCACGCCACGUGUACUGGAUCGACGAGAAUCUUGUACGCCUGGGCGAAAAACGCAGCAGGCACCCGUUUACCUCCAUCGGUUGGCUUCCGUAUCGGUGGCACGGGCAAAUCGCGAGUGAAAUAUCUAGUCGUUCAAGUGCAUUACGCCACGAAAUUGCCGCCUGGCGAACGUGACUACACUGGAUUGGAUUUGGAAAUCACUAGUGAACCGCAAAAAUAUAUCGCUGGAAUUUUAUUAAUGGUUGCAAGUCCAGAAAUCCCACCACAUCAAGCCGUCGUCAAUUCGGAUUCGUGUUGCCCGCUUGAUUCGAACGUGCCCAUCAACAUUUUUGCUGCUCGAGUCCACGCUCACGCAUUGGGCACAGUCAUCACAACCUACAAAUAUGACCCCAAGACACACGGAACAGAGUUGAUGAUCAAAGGAAACCCCCAAUGGCCCCAAGCUUUUUAUCCGACAACAAGAGAAUUCUCUGUGGCCAAAGGCGAUGAAAUUUUGAUUAGAUGUACGUACAGUUCUCUUGGAAAGGACACAUAUACUCGUUCAGGUGGUUCGGGAGCUGAUGAAAUGUGUAACGUGUACAUGAUGUACUACACAAACGCUGAUAAUGGAACUGAAUUCCAGUCAUGUGGUUACAUAUGCAAUCCCGAACAAAAUAAAGCCUAUCCGGCUGACUCAAUUGAACCUCCGCCACGGAAUCCUGUCCUGGAAGCUUAUGCCAUUCACGGCAAAAGGAAUCAUCAAUUGCGGACGAAUUCUAGCGACGUCGAGGAUCACCCAGAAAUCAUUACUCAACAGCGGAAGGGGAACGCAGCCGAACAAAAGGCGAACGUGGAUCAAUCAUCCAGUCCGCAAGUAGCGGUAGCAGCACAGGCGGUCGACAACCAACAACGCCAAGUCGUUAAUGUAGAUAAGGAAACAACAACCAGCAGCAAAUCCAGCCACGUUGCUGAUGAUAAAGACAAAGCCAUUCGACAACAGAAACAACGAGAAGAUAAUUUUUGGUCCUUUUUAUUUUUUUACCGUCGCUUUCUGUCAUAACAUAACAAGUGUUAAUGACAUUGCAAUAUGACUCAACAUUCUGGGUGAUUGGCAAAAUUUUUUACAGGGGUAUUGUGUUAAACGCAUGCUAUGAAUUUCAUUACAUUCAAUUGGCUUCUUU